UGUCAAUGUCAUUGUGUCAAAACAAUACUUGCAAAGAGGCAAAAUGCCAGGUGUUUGUGAUGAAAUUAUAGACGAUAUUGAAGACUUAAUAUCGUCACAGGACAUUACGCCUAAGGAGAGAUACUCUACCAGGAAAAGUGUAAGCGUUAGGAGUAAAAAGCGGGAAAACAAGAAUGACGCAGAGCCCGCCGAAAAGGUUAUAUUGGAGAGUGUCGUGCCAGGCACACAGACUAUCUACGUGAAGACAUGGGGCUGUGCUCACAACAACUCAGACUCGGAGUACAUGGCAGGCUUGUUAGCGGCCAAUGGUUACCGCCUCACUGAUGACAAGUUUGAUGCACAAUUAUGGCUCCUAAACUCUUGCACUGUUAAGAGCCCGGCUGAAGAUCAUUUCAAAAAUGAGAUAGAGUUGGGCCAAAGCCGCGGUAUCCACGUGGUGGUGGCGGGCUGCGUGCCGCAGGGCGCCCCGCGCGCUAACUACCUGACGGGGCUUAGCGUGGUCGGAGUGCAGCAGAUAGACAGGAUCGUGGAGAUCGUGGAGGAAACUCUUAAAGGUCACACAGUCCGCCUAUUUGGUCAAAAAAAGACAGGUGAUGGUCGGAAAGCGGGCGGUGCGUCCCUCCUCCUCCCGAAAGUCCGCAAGAAUCCGCUCAUAGAAAUCAUCUCUAUAAACACGGGCUGUCUGAACCAGUGCACCUACUGCAAGACCAAGCAUGCGAGGGGAGAGCUGGGGAGCUAUCCUCCAGAGGAGAUAGUGGAGAGAGCGGUCCAGUCGUUUAAGGAGGGAGUUUGUGAAAUAUGGCUGACUAGUGAGGAUACAGGUACAUACGGUCGAGACAUCGGCACCUCCUUACCGGAGCUGCUAUGGAAGCUGGUGGAAGUGAUCCCUGAGGGCUGCCGGCUGCGGCUGGGCAUGACCAACCCUCCCUACAUACUGGAACACCUAGCCGAAGUCGCGCGGAUCAUGCAUCAUCCCAGGGUUUACAAGUUCCUUCACGUGCCGGUUCAGUCGGGCAGUGACCAAGUCCUAGCAGACAUGAAGAGAGAAUACACCAGAGCAGACUUCGAGAAAGUCGUCGAAUUUCUAAGAGAGAAAGUGCCGGGCAUGACCAUAGCCACGGACAUAAUCUGCGGCUUCCCCGGAGAGACGGACGCCGACUUCGAGGACACGAUGCGGCUCUGCGACAAGUACCGCUUCCCCUCACUCUUCAUCAACCAGUUCUUCGCCAGGCCUGGCACGCCCGCUGCUAAGAUGACUAAGGUACCCCCACAAGAAGUAAAGAAACGCACGAAAAAGCUGUCUGAACUAUUCCGCUCGUACGAACCUUACGGCCACAAAGUCGGCGAGAUACAAGAUGUACUAGUCACCGACAUAUCACACGACAAAAACUACUUCGUGGCCCACAACGAGUAUUACGAACAAGUCUUAGUACCGAAAGAAGAAAGGUACAUGGGCAAAAUGUUAACUGUGAAAAUAACAAGUGCUACAAAAUUCUCUAUGAUGGGAGAGCCCAUAGACAAACCAAAGAUGGCCGGUUUGACAGCUCCGUUGAAGAAGGGGGAAGUGUCCGGUGUGUUACAAGUACACAGUGGUACUAAAGUACCGCUGCCGAUAUAUGUGUUGAUAGCGGCAGUCAUUUUUAGAUUGAUCUGGAUAUUUUUAUAAUACGUGUUAUUAAAUUUAUAGUUUUAAGGAAA